CCGAGUCGCCGUUAUGUACCCCGCGCCCGUCAAGCCAGUUUCAGUGCUUCAGCCUUCAGUCAAUUCUUGUGUUUGGGUACUUGUGGGCGUUGAACUGUUUAUUGUGAUAAUGAUAAAUUCAAGUUAUUCUCCAAUUCUAUGAAAUGAAAAUAUUAAAUUAUUAAGUAAUCAUCCCAUUAGGGUGUUAAAGAAUGAUUUUGUAGUACUCAUAUUGAGAAUUUACAACUGGUAUUAAAAACUUUGUAGCGAUGACUGAUAUGUGAGUUUACAAGUUUUGUUUUUAAUAUUCCGUUUGUUAAAUCACAUGAUAGCAGUCGGAGCGAGCUAAGUGACUCUUGAAGGUACCGUGUGAAUCGGGCUCGUACAAGUGCGUACUUGUAAAAGUGUAAUCAUGAAAAAUGUGCUAAGAGUGUAUAGGACGAACUGUUGUUACUAUCUCAUAGUGUUAUCACUACGUUGCUGUACUUGAUCGCUGAUCUGUAGUUUAAGGACUGAGAAUGGUAGUUCAGAGGUAAAGUAGUAAAGAUUCACCGUGGAGCAUCUGGUUGGAGGCGGUGGCGCGGGCGGCCUGCUGCCCGGCGCCUCGCCUGCCCAGCACCCGCCUAACAUGUUGCAGCCUAUGGAAGAAAUGAUACUACCUCCGAAACGUCAAGCUGUUGUUGAUCGUCUAAGGAGGAGGAUAGAGACAUACAGACGCCGUCAGUCGGAAUGUGUGCCAAGGUUCGAUCAGUCGUUCAGUGGCGCGUGUGAACAGCAAAACUUGGAGACGAGUGCACUCCAGAAGAGGUUUCUUGAGGGCAAGGCCAAACGGCAAGCUAAGAAGACAGACAGAAAACCAGACCUGCCAUCCAUAAGCAGCAACCUCCAUAGCAGCGUGCAUGUGAGCUGUCAACAAAAAUUUGGCUGUGGCGAUUAUGAACCACCUGCGAAAUUACAGUGUGGAAAUGCUGGCGUAAAUGGAGCUGGUGAGGCUCUUACGAAAUUCUCCGUAGAGAUUGUCCAGCAGCUAGAGUUCACGACGUCUGCGGCGGACUCGCAACCGCAGCAGAUAUCCACGAAUGUAACCGUAAAAGCUCUAGCCAAUGCGGUGAAAACGUCCGGAUCCCCGCCACCACAGCAACCACCUCGAAUACCAACCCCACUAGACUGCGAAAGGGAAUGCAAAGCAGAAUGUAAAUCAGAGGUAGCUGACGAUGAAUUUGUUGGUCUCGACGAGUGUGCUGCUGCUCUGGAGCGAGAUGCAGCCUCCUCUUUCCCUGGCUUGGCGGAGCUGAUAGGCGAAGACGACGGGGAUGAUACAUUCGAAGAUCUCAUUACCGAAAUAUCGGAAUACCCUGAGUUCAUGAAAGAUUUUGAUCUGGAUGCGGGGAAGUUGAAUGGGGGUAAUAUUGGUAGUCUGGAGCCGUCGGAAGGAGAACCGGCGCCGAGGCCGUAUGGGGCCGGGGAGAUGUCGCCGGCGGCUCAGACGCUUAAGCAUAUGGCGGAACAGCAUCAGCAAGCGACCGGUGGUGAUUGGGCGCGGUACAGGGGCUACGGCAACUACCGCCCCGGGCCGAGACCUGCGCAACCUUCGAUGGACCACUUGCACAUGUCCCAACAACAGCAGUUACAUCUUUCGCAGCCUCAUCACAAUCUGCAGGUGUCCGCUGCUCAACAUAUGCAAGUCAGUGGUGGGAGUGGUCACGUUUCAGCGGCUGCUCAGCAGGGACUGUACGCCACCUUCCACAACCAGAACCCAUCACCUCAGCAUCAUCAAGGAAGUAACUGUGAUACGUACAACGUGUCUCAGUCGCAGAGUAUGAGCUUCUCGCAGGGCAUGCGAGCUCGACCCUCGGCGCCUGCGCAGACCGCCCCGGGCCCUCAGACGCCUCUUGGCAUAGCAGCAGCCGGAAUAUCCCGCGAGCAACAGGCCAAGAUGUUGCAGCAGCAGCAGCAACAAAUGUUGCGAGCGCAGCAGCAGCAGCAGAUGCGUCCGCCUCCGCCCGAGUACAAGGCCCGUUUCGUGACGUCAGGCGUGAGGCGGGCUGCGCCCCCCCGCGCGUUUCCCCCACACGCGAGGCAUUAUUCGCCCGAUUGGAGGCAUGUGCUGAUACAGCAGCAGUCGGCGAGACAGCAGUUUCCGCAUCAUCAUCAGGCUGGAUUUAACAUGGGGAACAUGGGUGGCAUGGGCAACGUAAGUGGCGUGAGCAGUAUGUCGCAGCAACAGCAGCUACAGAUGCAGCAAGCGCGACUGCAGCAGCAGCAACUUAUGCAGCAUCAACAACAAAGGACGUCAAGUCAGCAACAAGCUCCGAUGACGCAUCUCAUUAUGCAGCAGAACCAAAUGAUGAGUGUUCAGGGACAGAUGCCGAACAUACACAUGAACCAGUCGCAGAGUAUGUCCAUGCAGGGCGGCAUGGGCAUGGGCAACCACCAGAACAUGCAGAACGGAAUGCAAAUGCACUCGCAGAACAUGAACUCGAUGGUCUCCCAGAACGGGAUAAACCAAAACAGCUUCCCGUCGCUGCAGUCGGCCUUCUCGGGGCAGACGGCGGACUUCAACCUCGACUUCUUAGACAAUAUGCCGUCUUCGGACACGAGCAACCUGACGGCCCAAGAGCUGCUCAACUCGCUAGACAAUUCGUUCUUGAAUGACAUACUGUGAGCGGUCGCCGGCUUCGGAUAGUUAAUGUAGUUAGAAAUUUUGAGAAUUCACGUCGAAGUUAAUGGCUGCGCCGAUCGAAGUAGCGGUCCGUCUCUUUUCGAUCCGCCGCGAACGCGACGCGAUGGAAAGAGACGCACGAUCACUUUGGCCGUACAAUGUUACACUGAUUUAGAGUUUAUCAACGGUUUUUUAAUCUAAAUAUGAAUAAGAAAGCCCUCCGGUGAAUAAAUAGAAGCCGAUGAAGCCAUUAGCCGGGACGUUUUAUAUGAAAUCCAAAGCCAUUAAAAUAGCGAAUUCGUGACCAAUAAAUUGUUGACCAAAGUUAAAACGUGAAUUUUUCACCGGAUUUCGUAAUCUAAACGUUAACGUAGCGUUCUUCCUAAAUCUUGAAAUGUUUUACGACAUUUUGUUUGAUAGACUAUUUAUUGUAAUUAGUAUUUAAUAGUUGCGAUGACGCACUUGUAUAGAAAUUGUAUAGAUUUUUGGUGAAGUUUACUCACGGCGUCGUCCGGCUGAAGCGUUGCCAUCUUUCAGUUUUCCAUUUAUGCGGUAGAUUUUUUUAACUGUAUACUAUUUAUUGUUAAUAUAGGGGUAAGAUAGCACAAAAGACAUUCAAUAAAUUUUAUUUACAUCGAAAUACAUUUAUUUAUGACAGUUUGGGGCAAUAUAUUAUCUAGCAGUGUGUUCGUUUCGACCUCCUUUCGAGAUCGUUCAGUCCGCCUUCGAACGGCCCGAAAUGUAGCGAACGUACGAAAUGGUGUAAGCCCGGUUCGAUCGAUUCGGGAGCUGCUUGAAGAGUAAAUAUUUUGAUAAAAGUCCUCGGUAGUGUAUAUUAGACAAUCUGACGUUUCCUCUUCUAUUUAUGUGGGUAGUUUCAGAAUUACCGAUGUGACUACCCUCAAUUAUUCCUAUUAAAAGUUUCUUUAUGAAUUUAUAUUACUCAUCAGUCGAAAUAUGUGGUAAUUGCAAAUUUUGAGUGGCUCUCGAAUUGAAGCUGAGUAUCGGGCGAUAGUUUAUCAUUCCUGUACCUAAGAUGUAAUUAGUUCUACCGUGAUGGUCUCGGUGGUGAGUAGGUUAAUCAAAUAUUGUUAUUGUUAAGAUCUCAUGUAUCAUUUAGGGGUGAGGUUUUGGAAAUCUGGAUUUUUUUUGACAUUUUCAUAUUUGAAACUGCCUUAUUAUUUAUAAAGCUCUCUUUAAACAAUAGAUGUUGACAUUCCAGAGCCAUUGUUAACGAUGUUUUAAAUUUAGGACCAAUUUUUGAAUGUUCUUUUAAAAAUAAUAUUACAUAUUGAA